AUGGCCGACCUGAUCAGCAGUGAGAAGCUAGGCCGGAGGCCAGGGCAGAGAAAACUAGAUCUUUUGCUAGUUGGAGAUGCCACAAGAUACUUCCUGACUGUCUCUGUACAGAGAUUCUUUUCCAGCCUGGCACAUGCCACCCUGACCAUUUGCAAUGUGAAGAAGGCAGCUAUGCUUUUGGUUACAAAGUCAUUCGACAUAAUUUUCUUGAAGGUGGCUUCCACCUUAACUGCAGAGGAACUGGAGAUUGUCAAGUCAGUUAGAUCUCGAAAGAAGAAAAACACACGUUUGCUGUUUGUUUUUGUAAUACCUGAAAAAUUUAAAGACUGUAUUUCAGAAUAUGGAGUGGAUAUAAGUUUCACUGAGCCACUGACCUUGGAAAAAAUGAACACAGUUGUAAACUACUGGAGAGCAUUUUUCACAGAUACAGAUGAGGAAAGCGUCGAGAGCCUUCCGGGAUGUAAACUGCACAUCCAGACUGCCUGUGCUGAACUCGGGGGACACUUUUCUCCUGAUCUGUUUCUUUGCUCUGAGCAGCUGAAAAAUGACACAGAACUUGGAGUGAAGGCCCCAUUGCCAGGUCCUGAGAAAACCAGAAAGACUUCUGCUCUUCACUCAAGCAAAGAAAAGCUGAGGAGAGAGCGCAUCAAGUUUUGCUGCGAGCAGCUGCGUACUCUUCUGCCAUACGUCAAGGGGAGGAAGAGUGAUGUGGCUUCGGUUAUUGAGGCAACUGUUGAUUAUGUGAAGUACGUCCGGGACACUAUCUCUCCAGCCAUCAUGGCCCAGAUUACAGAAACCCUCCAGAGCAAUAAAAGGUUCUCUAAGAGGCAGAUGCCUAUUGAGCUGUUCCUGCCACAUGCAGCCACAUCACAGAGGGAAGAUGGUUUGCUGGCGAGCACUUACUCAUCUGUGCAGGAGAUCCAGCUCCUGGCUGAUCAGUGCUUGAAUGUGUAUUCCGUGCCUGCUGCAGGAGGGCCCUUGGAGGAAUCUGUAAGAGGUCAGCCAAGCUCUGCUUCAGAGAGCCCUAUUGAGGAUCUUUAUAAAACACGAGUCCCCAGCACAGGGCUCUCUCUUAAUUCCUUCCAUGCUGUCAGAUAUUGUUCUGGGGCUGUCCCUCCCCAUGAUGCUGCUGCCAGAACAAAUCAGAACAUUUCCAUCUAUUUACCAUCCGCUGUGUCCGGUGUCGCCAACCUUCUCCCUCAGCACUGCAAUUCUGUGCUUUGCCAAACAUGCCCAGCCACUCCCAAUUGUCUGUGUAUUUCAGGCCACGAGCUUCCAGCCAGCUCUCGAGCUACCUCAUCCAGCAUCUUCCGUGGGUCCCAAGAUGCAGACUCAGAUCAUCAGACUUCUCAGCAACUGUUUGUACCCAAUGAACCAUCUUCCCGGCGUCAAGAAAACAAUUACUUUUAA